AUGUUUCACUCUAAUUAUUCAACUCCUGUCAAACAUGUGAUUCUCACUCCUAAAUUACAACUUAUUUGGAAUUAUGAUUUGCUAAUGAAUCAUUAUUAAGAAUUAGAACUCUAAAUUAAUACUUAAACAUCUGAUCAUAAAAUUAGAUAUCAACACAUUCUAUCUAAAAUUGAUAAAGUAUUUAAUGAUAUUAUCAAUAAUAUUGCUGAACUACAAAAAACCACUUUAAAAGAUUACUUAUCAUUCUUAUUAGAACUAAGAGUAAAAAGAGAAAAUAAUUUAUCAAAAGCAGAAAAUGCUUAUAAAAUGUCUUAAUCUAAUUAUUUUGAUGAAAUUGAAAAAAAGGAAAUACCUUAACAAAACAUGUAUUAUUCAUAAUAACAUACUCUUAAAGCUUCUAAAUCAAUACCAAUAACUUCUACAUUUAUACCUAAUCCUAAUUUAAUUUCUAUGAAUAAUCACCAAUCAUAAACCUUACCAGUUAUUUAAAAAGAUUAGAAUAACGAUCACCUUAAUAAUAAUCAUAAAUACUUAUAUGAUUAAGAUUAGAUUUCGAUUAAUUAUAUCCCCUAGAAACAAGCAUAAUCAAUUAAUUAAUCAUUAUAACCAUCUAAUUUUAGAUUUAGAGCUUCUCCUUCUAAACAACAUUUAUCUAAUUAAAUAUUAAAGAAAAAUGAAAUUGAUGAUAUUGAACCUUCUCUUUUGGUUAAUAAUUAAAAUCAUAUUUAAUAAAUAACACUCUAAUCUUUAGAUUUAUAAUAGACUUAACCUUCUGUACCUCUCUACGAUUAAUUUAAACUUCAACCAUAUAAUCAUCUUACUUAACCAGAUUAAUAAUCAAUAUAUGAUGAUUACGAGUAAUCUAUUUCUUAAGAGUUAUCUUAAUCACAAAAUAAUGUACUUCAAUCUUAGAGCAAAAUUUAUAAAAAAAAAAAAAUAUUUGAUGAAGAUUAAAAUGAGAGGAUUUUAAAAAAUUCUUAUAAUAAUGAUUAAUUUAAUUUAAAAUCAUAUUCUUAAUCAAACUUUUAAAAGUAGACUGUUUCACUUCAUAAAAAUAUGGUUCCUGUUAAUAAAGAUAUUAUACCUAUUGAUUAAAUGAUAGAUAAAUAAGACUCAAAAUAAAAUUAUAUUAAUGAUGUAUGUGGUAAUUUAGGUUAUGAUUAAUUUUAUUAAUAUCUUUGUUAAAGAUAUCCUGUAUAUAGAAUUUUGUAAAAGUCUUAUAAAAGUAAAACCAAAAGAGAAGAUUAAGAAGGAUUUAAUUAAUAAAAUUAAACAUCAAAUUAUUUGUAAAGCAUUUUUUGCACAUAAUGUGAUCAAUUUAUAUCUAUAAAUUAAGCCAAUAAUCAUACAAAUUUUUGUAUGAAUAAUAAGUAAAAUUAAUAAAAUCAUGAAAGAAAUUAUUUAGAUUAUUUAAUUUGUUGUAAUGGGUUAAUAAAUAAUUAAUAAAAUACAAAAGAAGAAAAAGAUGGAAGAAUUGUAAAUGAUUUGGCGAAAAUAAGAUAUUUAAUGGAAACGAAUUUGAAAUUAUUUGAUCCAUAAACUUAAGUCCAUUAAAAACAGAGAGAAUAUUGUUUAUUUGCUUUAGAAAUAUUGAAUUAAAUAAUAGAGAAUCCAUAAAAUUUAUCAUUGAAUUAAUAAGUGUUGGAUUUAAUAAGCAUUUAUUAAGUUUUAGAUUAAUAAGAAUUUAACUUCUAUUAAUAGUUCGUGUUUUUAUUACAAAAGGCAAAUGUAAAAUUAUAGAAAUUAAUAUGA